UUCCGAUUCCGCUGAAAUCUCAACGAAGGCAAGUCACAGACUGCCAGUCCGCAGAGAAGAUCUCUCUUCGUCACUGUCCUUGCUCGGAAGGCGCACGUUGGCAAUGGACCUCAUGACUCAUUCUUCCGCCUUCCUCCUCCCUGAGAUUCCCUCCGACCACCGCCCCGCCCCGACCUACGCACUCGUCGUCCUUAACCAACGCCUUCCUCGAUUUGCUCCUUUGCUCUGGAAGCACGCACAGGUGCGCGUUUGCGCGGAUGGAGGCGCGAACCAUUUGUACGAUGAAAUGCCUCAGCUGUUGCCAGACGAAGAUGCACUCGAUGUUCAAAAAAGGUACAAGCCAGAUGCGAUUAGAGGAGACAUGGAUUCAAUCAGAAAAGAUGUCUUGGAAUUUUACUCAAACUUGGGAACCAAAAUAAUUGACGAAUCUCAUGACCAGGAUACUACAGACCUGCACAAAUGUGUAGCAUUCAUUUGUGAUCUCACGCCAAAUUUGGAGAAAUCUAAUCUGUGCAUCCUUGUUACUGGAGCUCUUGGUGGUCGGUUUGAUCAUGAGAUUGGAAACAUCAAUGUUAUGUAUCGUUUUUCAACCAUCCGAAUAAUUCUUUUAUCUGAUGAUUGCCUCAUCCACCUUCUUCCGAGGACUCACCAUCACGAGAUCCACAUCCACUCUUCAUUUGAGGGACCACAUUGUGGACUCGUUCCCAUCGGAAUGCCAUCUAGAAGUACUUCAACUACUGGGCUCCAAUGGAACCUGACUGAAACAGAAAUGAGAUUUGGUGGUCUAGUAAGCACAUCGAAUAUUGUAAUAGCAGAGAAAGUUACAGUGCAAUCCGAUGCAGAUCUUCUUUGGACGAUAUCAAUUAAAAAGCCAUGAUGAAUAUUUGCCCACCCUUGCUGCAAGUAUGCACUAGUUUCACUAACCUACACUGCCGCAACUGCAACUCUGUCGAUUAGAAAAGUAAAUGUUGAAUAUGUGUAUGUAUUUAUUUAUGCCCAUUCAAUCUAGAUUGAAUUAUCAUUGGAUUGUAAUAUUUAUUUGAAUAAAAGGGAAAAAAAAAUGGAUCUUCAACUUUUUUCUGUCA